UCCCAGGAACAGAUUUCGAGACUGCAUCCGACUGAGGAUGGCUGAUAGUCCCUCUCAGUCCGAGCCUCUGGCUUUGCAAGAGCUCAGUGAUGACUUCAAGAAGCCAACCCUGCCGGUGUCCCCAGUUAUGCGGAGCAAGGCCCCGACCACCAAUCCUUCAAACCCUGAAGAGGUGAAGAAGGAAAGGCCCGCGGCUCUGCUGGAGCCCGAUUCCGGGGAACCUGAGGUCCCGCCAGCGCGGCCGGACAGCGGGGGCACCAGGAGUCCACCGGAGGAGCAGCCGCGGCCCCCUACAGCGGCUCCUUCCCUUGGAGGCCCGGCCCGGGCUCCCCCUUACCGAGAGCCGCCGUGGGGUGGCCCCGCGACGGCCCCCUACAGCCUAGAGACACUCAAGGGCGGCACGAUCCUUGGCACCCGUAGCUUGAAAGGGACGAGCUGCUGCCUUUUCGGGAGGCUGUCUAGCUGCGACGUGUGCCUGGAGCACCCUUCGGUGUCCCGGUACCACGCCGUGCUGCAGCACCGGGCGUCCGGCCUCGAAGGAGAAUGCGACGGCCAGGGGCCGGGCUUCUACCUUUACGAUCUGGGAAGCACCCACGGCACUUUUCUUAACAAAACCCGCAUCCCACCCCGCACCUAUUGUCGCGUCCACGUCGGGCAUGUUCUUCGCUUUGGAGGCAGCACCCGGCUCUUUCUUCUUCAGGGACCAGAGGAAGACCGAGAGGCAGAAUCCGAGUUGACGGUAACGCAGCUGAAGGAAUUGCGCAAGCAGCAACAAAUGCUGUUGGAGAAGAAGAUGUUAGGGGAAGACUCCGAUGAGGAAGAAGUGGAUACCACUGAAAAGAAGAGAAAUACUAGUAAUCAAGAUGAUGAAAUGGGCUGCACCUGGGGAAUGGGAGAAGAUGCUGUAGAAGAUGAGGCUGAAGAGAACCCCAUUGUCUUAGAGUUUCAGCAGGAAAGGGAGGCUUUUUAUAUAAAGGAUCCAAAAAAGGCUCUCCAAGGUUUUUUUGACCGAGAAGGAGAAGAACUAGAAUAUGAAUUUGAUGAACAGGGACAUAGCACUUGGCUCUGUAGGGUGAGAUUACCUGUGGAUGAUUCAACCGGAAAACAACUGGUAGCUGAGGCAAUUCAUUCAGGAAAGAAAAAAGAAGCAAUGAUCCAGUGUUCACUGGAAGCUUGUCGAAUCCUUGAUACUUUGGGAUUGCUGCGGCAGGAGGCAGUAUCUCGGAAAAGGAAAGCCAAGAACUGGGAGGAUGAAGACUUUUAUGAUAGUGAUGAUGACACGUUUCUUGAUCGGACCGGCCUGGUUGAAAAGAAGCGUCUGAACCGAAUGAAGAAAGCUGGGAAGAUUGAUGAGAAGCCAGAGACCUUUGAAUCAUUGGUUGCAAAGUUAAAUGAUGCUGAAAAGGAACUCUCUGAGAUUUCUGAGAAACUGAAAGCCUCAAGCAAAGCUCUGUCAGAGUCACCAUCUCAGGACUCUUUAGAUGCAUUUAUGUCAGAAAUGAAAUCAGGGAGUGCAUUGGAUGGUGUGUCCCGGAAGAAACUCCACCUGAGAACUUUUGAACUGAGGAAAGAACAACAGAGACUUAAAGGGUUGAUAAAAAUUGUAAAGCCAGCAGAGAUUCCAGAGCUGAAAAAGACUGAAAGUCAGCCUACAGAUGUGGAAAACAAAGCUAAAAAGCUUACGUUGCCUCUCUUUGGUGCCAUGAAAGGAGGAAGCAAAUUCAAAUUAAAAACGGGAACAGUAGGGAAGUUACCCCCUAAGCGUCCAGAACUCCCUCCAGCUCUAAUGAGAAUGAAGGAUGAGCCUGAAGUAGAAGAGGAGGAGGAGGAAGAGGAAGAGGAAGAUGAGAGGGAAAACGAGGGGGAUGAAAGGGGAAAAAUGGAGGCUGGAAGCAGUAGGCUGCAGCAGGAGACAGAGCCGGAAGAUGCAGUGCAGGAAGCGAGGCCUGCCACUGACCUCAUGUGUUCUAAAGAGACAAAAACCCAUGAAAACAUGUCUAAACUCAGCCAAGUGGAACAGAAUAAAGAUUAUCAAGAGAUCAGUGAAACAGCUGCAUCAUGUGAGGAACCCUCAGCAUCAGAGAAUGAAUAUGAGAAAAACAGAGAUGAAUUGAAGAAAAAGAAAGCUCCUGGUCCAGGCAAACUUCCAGCAACACUUUCCUCCAAAUAUCCAGAAGAUGACCCAGACUACUGUGUGUGGGUCCCACCUGAAGGCCAAAGUGGAGAUGGCAGGACCCAUCUGAAUGACAAGUAUGGCUAUUGACUGCUUCAGAAUCCUAAAGGAAGACCUUGUGGACCAUGUGACAUGGGAUAUGUAGGGUCCUAUAUCAAGUUGAAUGUCCAGAGAAGGAGUUCAGAUACCUAAGGAGGCUUCUGACAUCCACUGUUUUCCUUGGCAUGAGAGGAGCAGGCGCGGGGCUGUGAUGUUUAAGGUCUGAGCUAAUCUUGGAAGUGAAGGAGAACAGCACCUCCCACAGCUGGCCAGACUCUGCUUCUUGGGGAGCUGCCUAGAGUAAAAGGGCAGAAGAGGAAUGACCCCAGGGGCCAGGGAGGAUCAUUAUCCUCACACACUCAUACCUUCAGUGAAUACUUUCUGAGUACCUACUAUGUACCAAGCCUUUUGGGGACAUGAGGCAGCCAUGUGAGUCAAAGGGCUGCAUAGGACCUUAGAGUCACAUUUUUACCACAGAAAUCCUUUUGUCAUCCUUACCCCAUCCCUUCUCCCACCCUAGACUUAAUUAAAGUUUAAAUAAAUUAUGUUGUCACCCAAAAAACUGCAUUUAUUAAUUAUUUACUUCUAAGUUCUUCAUAACUAAUGAUUUAUGUAACUGCAAAUAAGUAAAUGUUUUUGAUCAACACAAGAUAAUAACUAACAUUACUACACACUGAGUAAAUACCCAGUCAGACAAAAGCAAAGUAAUCAGCAUUUUAGCUAUCCUGUUUAUCCUGGUUGAGCUUUUUAAAAUUUGGAGAGUGGCUGGCCGACUACCUGGGGAGUCCGUUUUAGAGAUGGUGACCAUAACCGCUGGGUUUUGAAGGAUAAGCAAGAGUUCCUGAGCGGCGAGAAAGAGGGUGCUGCAGCAGGCAGAGGGGGCAGGACAGUCCCACACUACUGCUGUCCCUCCUCCACCCUUGGGCUGAUCGAAUGGAUCAGGCUGUGGCAUGAACUUAGUGGGUGGAAGCUGAAUUUUGGAAUGGAGCUAAUGAGGGUGGAGAUGAGAAUUGGAAAUUUUAUGGUCGAAUGUUCUAGUCUGUCCACGUCAUGGUCCUGGAGAAACUGAGGCAGGAAAUCCCACUAGAGUCCCUUUGGUUCCCAAGGGCAGAAGGGAAAAAGACAACAAAGGACAAGCCAAAACUCUGCCCCAGAGCUGGCCUGAAACCUGUCUCCCACCCUGGCUGCCCCGCCCCUUAGCUCCAAUAGCAGACCAUUUUUUCUGUGAUUUUUUGGCUCAUCUCAUAAAUGUUCCAGAAUCAGAACAGGCUGUGCCAUGGCUGAAACAAACUUGCUGAACAAAUAAACAAGGCAGGCUGCAAGGCAGGGGAAGGCACCAGACAUGGGUCCCUAACCGGGUCCAUGAGUUCUGGUAAGUCUGUCCUGAGCCUGGGCCUCUGCUUCCUCCUUCCAACAUGAGAGGUGGGAGCAUGAGAUUUUGGGGGUCCCUUCCAGCUCUGUGAUCUAAGCAGAUUGCCCACAGAGGGGUAAAUGUCUGAGCUGCAAGUUCAAAAGAAAGCUUCCUUUCUGCUACGUGGUACAGCUAAGGGCUGGGAGGGGGAGAUCUCCCCAUGGCAGAUACUGAAACCAAGGGAUACCUGUUCCCUUGUUCACUCAGCAAACACAGAGUGUCCAGUCUUUGCUAGGUGCUCUGCUGCCCUUUCCCUCAAGGAGCAUUCAAGGAGUUCUAAAUGCUCUAGCAGAGGCGAGAAUGUCACAGUUCCUUGCAUGCACUGAGUUCUUGCCCACCUUAGGGCCUUUUCUCCUGACGCUCCCACCACCUAGACUGCCAGCCCCUCCCUCUUUGUUCUUCAGUCUUGGCUUAAAUGUCAUUUCCUCAAUAAGGCUUUCCCUGACCACUGUAUAUGUGGUAGGGUUCCCCAGCUCUCCUGCCACACUCCAUUACUCUCAGAAUUUACGGUAGUUUGUAGUUCUACAUCUGCCUGUUCAUUUAGUUAUUUAUUUACCACCUUUUUGACUACAGUAUAAGCUGCGUGAGGGCAAGAAUUCUGUUUGUACUGAUCACUUCUGGACCCUUAGCAGCAUAUACUUGUAGAAUAUGAGAAUACUAUGUUGGCAUGUGCCAGAUUUUUUUCAUAAAUUACCUCAUUUAGUCCUCUUGACAACCCUAAGAGAAAGGUGGUAUUAUGUACAUUUUGGAGUGAAGGGACAGAGUCUAGGGAUGUUAAGUAUCUUGCAGUUCACAGGACUGUCUCCAGUUCAGGGCUCUUUCUGCUUCACCACACGAGGCUCUCUGCCUGGCACCCCGACUCUGACUUCUUUUUCUUUUUUACUUUUUAUUUUGAAAUAAUUUCAACUGACCAAAAAGCUACAAGACUAGUACAAAGAACUCCUGUGUACUCUUUACUCAAGUUCACCAGAUGUAAGCAUUUUGCUAUAUUUGUUUUAAUAUUCUCUCUUUCUCCUGGCUUGAAUUUUUCCAUGUUUAUGCUGAUUUUCUUUUUUUGAAUGAUUUUAGAGUGAGUUGGAGACAUUAUAUAUACAUCUUUACCCUUAAGUAGUUAUGUGUGAAUUUCUCAAAAACAAGGAUAUUGUUUUAUACAAAAUCAAAAUCAGGGAAUUUACAUCAGUAUGAUACCACUACCAUAUUAAUAUAAUCCAUAUUAAAUCCAUAUUUAACAUAUUUAACAUAAUCCAUAUUAAAUUUAUCCAGUUGUUCCAAUAAUGUUCUUUAUAAUGAUACUUUUUUAGUCCAGGAUCCAACCCAGGAUCACACAUUCCUUUUAACUAUCAUAUCCCUUUUGUUUUUAAUUCAGAACAGUUCUUCAGCCUUUCUUUCUCUUUCAUGACAUUGAUAUUUUUCCAGAGUAUAAGCCAGUCAUUUUGUAGAAUAUCUCUCAGCUUGGUCUAGUCUGAUGUCUGCUCAUGAUUAGAUUCAGGUUAGGCAUUUGUGGAUAGGAGUCUCACAGAAGUGAUGCUGUGUCCUUCUUAGUGCAUCCUGUCAGGAAUCACAUGAUGUCUGCUUGUUCCAGGAUUGGUGACAUUAACUUCAAACACUUGGCUAAGGAAAUGUCUGCCAGGUUUCUCCACUGUAAAGUUACUAUUUUUCUCCCCUAAUAAUUUUUUUCUAUUUUUUAAUUUAAAUUCAAUUAAUUAAAAUAUAGAGUAUUGUUAGUUUCAGAGGUAGAGUUCGGUGAUGCAUCAGUCUUAUAUAGCACCCAGUGCUCAUUACAUCACAUGCCCUCCUUAAUGUCCAUCACCGAGUCACCCUAUCCCCCCACCUUCUCCCCUCCAGCAACUCUGUUUCCUAUGAUUAGGAGUCUCUUAUCAUUUGUCUCCCUCUCUGAUUUCAUCUUGCUUUAUUUUUCCCUCUCUUCCCCUAUGAUCCUCUGCCUUGUUUCUUAAAUUCCACAUAUGAGUGAGACAAUGAUAAUUGUUGUUCUCUGAUUGACUUAUUUCACUUAGCACAAUACCCUCCAGUUCCAUCCAUGUAGUUGCAAAUGGCAAGAUUUCACUUUUUUGAUGGCUGAGUAAUAUUCCAUCGUACCACAUCUUUAUCCACUCAUCUGCCAGUGGACAUCUGGUUGCCAUCUGGGCACUUUCCAUAGUUUGGCUAUUGUGGACAUUGCUGCUAUAAACAUUGGGGUGCAGGUGCCCCUUUGGAUCACUACAUUUGUAUCUUUGGGGCAAAUCUCUAGUAGUGCAAUUGCCAGGUCGAAGGGUAGCUCUAUUUUUUAACUUUUUGAGGAACUUCCACACUGUUUUCCAGAGUGGCUGCACCAGCUUGCAUUCCCACCAACAGAGUAAGAGGGUUCCCCUUUCUCUGCAUCCUCGCCAACAUCUGGCAUUUCCUGACUUGUUAUUUUGGCCAUUCUGACUGGUGUGAGGUGGUAUCUCAUUGAGGUUUUGAUUUGGAUUUCCCUGAUGCCGAGUGAUGUUGAGCACUUUUUCAUGUGUCUGUUGGCCAUUUGGGUGUCUUCUUUGCAGAAAUGUCUGUUCAUGUCUUCUGCCCAUUUCUUGAUUGGAUUAUUUGUUCUUUGGGUGUUGAGUUUGAUAAGUUCUUUAUAGAUUUUGGAUACUAGCCCAUUAUCUGAUAUGUCAUUUCCAAAUAUCUUCUCCCAUUCUGUCGGUUGUCUUUUGGUUUUGUUGACUGUUUCCUUUGCUUUGCAAAAGCUUUUUAUCUUGAUGAAAUCCCAAUAGUUCAUUUUUGCCCUUGCUUCCCUUGCCUUUGGCGAUGUUUCUAGGAAGAAGUUGCUGCGGCUGAGGUGGAAGAGGUUGCUGCCUGGUGUUCUCCUCUAGGAUUUUGAUGGACUCCUGUCUCACAUUUAGGGCUUUCAACCAUUUUGAGUCUGUUUUUGUGUGUGGUGUAAGGAAAUGGUCCAGUUUCAUUCUUCUGCAUGUGGCUGUCCAAUUUUCCCACCCCAUUUGUUGAAGAGACUGUCUUUUUUCCAUUGGACAUUCUUUCCUGCUUUGUCGAAGAUUAGUUGACCAUAGAGUUGAAGGUCCAUUUCUGGGUUCUCUAUUCUGUUCCAUUGAUCUGUGUGUCUGUUUUUGUGCCAGUACCAUACUGUCUUGAUGAUGAUAGCUUUGUAAUAGAGUUUGAAGUCCAGAAUUGUAAUCCUUCCAGCUUUGGUUUUCUUUUUUCAACAUUCCUUUGGCUAUUUGGGGUCUUUUCUGGUUCCAUACAAAUUUUAGGAUUAUUUGUCCCAGCUCUUUGAAUCUCCCUUUAUAAUUAAUAAGUAAUUUAAGGGGAGAUAUUUUAAGCCUGUGAGUACUCUGCCCUCACCAAACUUUUCCAUCCAUUGAUGAUUCUUGACUAAGUCGAUUAGUAUGACAGUUGCAAAAUGGAGAUGUUGGUUCUGAUUGUAAGGCUGGUGUCUCUAUUUCAAGAUGAUAGUGUAGGAUGGAAGGGACAGGGGAGCUGGAGACAACAUCUAAUUUUGUAAACAUUUGGUUUCUCAAGUGUCUAUUGUGGAAAGUAGAAGAUGACUGGUAUUUACUUUCUAACACUCCUAGGAAAAAAACUAAAGAAUCAGACUGGAUUUUAAAUGAUAAAAGAUGUUACUUCCUAGUAGAAUAAUGAUUUCCAUUUAUGUAGCACUUACUAAACUCCAAACACCAUGCGAGCCACUUAGCAGACACUGUUUUACCAGUCCUUGUAACAAGUUUAUGAGAGAGAGCAUUGUUACCUCCAAUUUAUGGAUGAGGAAACUAAGGCUCAGAAAGGUUAGGGUAUUGGCCUAAAGUCACACAGCUAAAAAGUGGAAGAGUCUAGAUUCCAACUAAGAUGUGUUGGGCUGCAAAGCUCACUCUUUUUGGUGGGAAGGAGCUCUGGAUGGUGUCAUGGCAUUCAGCCUCAACACUCAUUCUGGACAGGGUGGGUUUUCAACUAAUUCCCAGCUUAUGGGUGAGGUUAGGCUCCCAAUGUGGAUGUUAAACCCAAGGGUCCAAGUCUUGCAAAGAAGCUGGUGAGGCCCCAGUGUAGUUAUCUUCUGGCCUCAGCCAGGGGUCCCAGACCAUGAGUAGCUCCUGGCCUGCCCUGCGGCCACCCCUGUUAGCCCAGUUGGCAGAGCCAUCCCCAGACAUUGACUCAUCAGUUCCCCUCGCCCAGCACUGCCGCAUCUCCUGUGCUUAGAAAGGCAGGAAACUGAACUCCGGUACUUCAGAAAGUCUUUCAACAAUAAGCUUGAUGAAAAGGGGAUUUUUCCAGUUAACCCUGGAGAAUUUCAGUUAACCAAUGCCUUAUUGUAUUCUAGUUCUUUGAAAUGUGGUAAUCUAUGUUCAGUGUGUUUUUAUAGUAAAUCUCAUUAACCAGACGAUUCAGUUAAACAGCAUUUCCCCCACCCUUUAGGAUAAGCUGAGGAGCCACAGAAUUACCAAGUUGAAAAGGUUUUGGGGAUCAUUUAAUAGGAUCCUUCGUGUACAGAUGAGGAAACUGAGGCCCAAGGUUACACAGCUUGUUACUGACACAACUGUAACUAGAAACCUCCAGUCCAAAGUGUUGCUGCCAUGUCAAGAAUAAUUACAAAGCAGGAAACCUUUAUGUCCAGGGUUACCUACAGGCUGAAUUUAGCCUACAGUCAUGUUUUGUUUGGCUUACACAGUGUUUUAAAAGUUGGGAAAUUUCCCGUAAAAAUCCAAAUUUGUUUCUUUUGAAAAGCUGGAAAAUCUAGUUAUACCUGGCCCAGUGGCAGUGAAGGAGGACCGAGUAGCAGCAACCCCUCUAACUGGGGACAUGGGAUCUAGAUGCCAUCUCCCAUCACCGUAUCAUUGUAUACUUGGCCUACCUCACCCAUUUCAUGACCUGCUGGCCCCUCUAGGCAUUGGAAUUUGGGUUCUCUGCUUUAUGGUGAAGGGCCUUCCUUGUUUAAUAAAGAAGAGGUCUGAAGUGAGCCAGACCAAAUAGGUGAGACAAUGAGGAAUCAGAAGCACUUAUAUUGAAUGCCAGGGUGCAACACCAGGGGUCCUGGCUGGUCCUGGGCAAACUCAGGUCAGGGGCUAAGAAAGAGCUCUAGGGUCUUCCCAUUUAGGUAAAAAAUGUGAAACACUAAAUAACAAUAGGAUAGAUAUUACCUGACAAGAUAAGAUAUACUGGCUAAAGUGACUAGAACAGGCAAGAUGAGCUAAAGCAGUUCAGAUGGUUGAGAAAGCUAUAACGGAGAUGGGUCUUGACUCCCAAGUUAACCUGUUUUAAAGAACAGAGAGACUAUGGGUAGAAAAACUAGCCAGGAAGCUACUACAACCAUCAGAGCUGAGAGCUAGGUUUAGGUGAAUGGAGAUGGGAAAGGGAAGGAAGUGUGGAUGCCAGGGAGAGCCCAAGGGGGGAUGGACAGGAUUUGGUGCUGGCAUGGAGGUGGGUGGAGAGGGCAGAAGAGUCAAAGUUAAUGGCACCUUUGUGCCUGGGUGACCAGGGGAAUGUCAUGCCCCAAACAGAAAAGGGAAACCAGGAGGGAAGGCUGACUUGGGGGAAGAUGAAGAAUUCAUUUCUAGAUGACAACAGGGCUUACAUUUACUGUCCCAACGGGCAGAUGAAACUGGGACUGGAACUCAAAGAGAGGUCAGAGGAAGAGAGCCAACAAAAAGAAGGAGCAAUCAGAGAGGCGGGAAGAGAGCCAAGUUGGGGUAUAGCUGUAGGAGCUCAGGAGAAGAGAGCUUGAGAAUAGCCCUCUGUAGUGUCAGAAAACAUGUCCAGAAGUCGAGAGAGCAGGGACUGAGAAAAGGUCCCCGAACUGGACAAUGAGGAGGGCGUCACGCUGAGAAUGCAUAUUUAGGAAGUAGAGGUGACUCUGGCACUCUGGAGACAUCUCACAGGGCAGGGAGGAAGAACUAAGACCACAAGCAGAGGGCAGCUUAGGGAACAGGGUUGGGGGGAGGGAGGCGUGUCUGUAGGUCGUAGGGAAGGCUUCAGCGGAGAGGAGGAGAUUGAGGAUCCCUUUUAACCCCCGUGGGAAGAGGAGAGAUCCUGAAUCAAAAGCAGCCAGAUUUCAAAGGCUGAUUUCCAUGGUAGCUGCUCUGUUUGCUUGGGGAUGGGCUCUUGACUUCUCACUUAUCAUUCUGGAGCUAUCUCAUCUCACAUCACUUCCUUAUUUUGGACUCAUUUUUCCUAUCAGCAUUAAAAAAGCAAAAACAAAAACUUUAUUGGGUGCUGCCUACUCUGAGGGGCAGCAGACAAGGUCUGAGUGAUUGAGUGAGAAGUAAAUUGACCCCUCCCUUGACAGAGAAAUCCCUUUGAGAACUGCGUCCCUUUGUACUGCCUCAUGUAGUCCUGGGAGGGAAGCUUUAUUCAUAGAGUUCCCAUUGUGCAAAUGAAGUGGAGGCUCAGGGAGGUCAGGCACCAAAGCUACUAAGUGUUGGAUUCCAGUGCAAGUCUUCUCAAGUCCAAGUGCGAUGUCCUUGCCACCACCAGUUAGGCAGGACCCAGGGAAUGAACUAGACUGGAGAUCAGAGGGAUGCCCACUAUCCCAAGUAAGCGCUUUACAAACUGACCUCCCAUGGCCAUUUGGGGGUGAAAUCCUUGCACAUAGAAAGCCACUUUAAAAAACAUACAUUGAUUGACUGUAAAGAGGCAGAUCACAAGGGAGGGGAGAGGAAGGGAAGAAGGGAACAGUGAGUCUGUUUGGGAGGAAACUGGCAAGAGGAGCUGAUCUAUGGGCUACUCGGGGCCUCUGAGCUGGGGCUUUUGACCUGGGGUCCUCAGACUCCUAGGGUUGCACGCACAGCCCUGACAUAAGCACAAUUGCAGGGUCUGUUUGUGUGUGGGGGGGUGCAUAUGGACACUUUCUGGGGAAAGGGUGCAUAGCUUUCAUCAGAUUCUCAAAGGGGCCUUUGUCCAAAAAAGAGUUGAAAACCACUGAUUCCGAAGCAUCUACAGGGACACUGGUAUAAUUUAUACCUGGCCCCUGCCAUUUUUUCUAAAUCCUUGCCCAGAAAUAUAUUCUAGGUAGCCUUUCAUCGGGCACGGGGUGGGGAGGACGGGCUGGAAAGCCCUCCUCUGAAAGCCUCCUUUGGGGCCCUGGUGGUGGAGUGACUCCCUGAAGUCUCCGGGGUGCUGUGCGGCACGGGGUGCAGGGGUGGCCACCCCAGGAAGGGUCGUGUUGCUGCUUCCAGGGGGCGGGAGGGGCAGGCUGUGGGAGCCGGAGCGGAUGUCAUGGCUUACCUCAGAGCCCGAAUUAGAAGGCUGAAAAAAUCACAGCAGGAAAUAAUGUGGUGCCUAAAAUAGAAGCAUCAACUGGGAGAGAGGCUGGGGAGUAGGUGGCAUUUGAGGCUCCUGCCGAGUCCUCCCCAGCGGCUGCCUGACUAGUGCGUCGGAGGCGUGUGUGGAUGCAGUCAGGCCAGAAAAGGCCAGAAAAGGCCAGAAAGGCCGAGGCUGCAUUUCUGCUAAGGAAGGAGGACUGCUCAGUAAAUAGUCACACUCGGGAUGGGAAGGCGGGGCUGCCCUUUCUGGCCUGGGGCCCCGCUUGUCUCCCUGCUGGUUCCUUCUCAUCUGCCUCUUCCUUCCCUCUCCCCGACAAUCUCCCAUCCCUGACUUUGAUCUUCCACUUUUUCCCACUGCCUCCAGCCUCCUCCUCCACCCACUACCUUUCCCUUAACCGCUCCUCUUUUUUCUCCCUCCCCUCCCCCUCUGUUUUUUCCCACACCAGCCCCUCCAUUUCUGCCCUCUCCCCCAAGAGCCUGCCCGCGUUGCUCCUGGCCUCUGGGUUGCAAGCACCUUGCCCUCUUACCCAGGAAGCUGCCUGGAGGCCUUGUGUCUUCCUAGGCAAUCCAGUCAGAGGUCAUUCUAGGAGCAACAACCUUCAAGGUCAGCUUCCCUCUGCCUGACUGCAUGACCCCUCCACCACCCCUGCCCAGGCACCAUCCCCACCUCUGUGAGACUGUCAAAGCCCGGUGCCAGCAGAAAGGCCAGCAGGGCAGGCUUCGCUUCACCUGGAUCACUGUCUCCAGAGGGGUUGAGCAGUAGCAAAAACUCUGCCUGCAGACCGGGGAUGGUCCUCCUUCCAUGGACACGUCCACAGAGGGUACCCUCACAAAGACUGGCUAUGAGGUUUGCCAAGCAAGGGGCCCACGGCUACUGUGCUGCCUGAGACCAACAACCACAUACAAAAAUAGUACCUGGCCAGCACUUACUAACUCAUUUAACCUCACAACAACCUCCCACUAGAAAAGUAGGUACUUUUAUUAUCUCCAUUUUCCAGAUGAGGAAACUGAGACACAAAAAGAUGAAUACUUUGGCCAUGUUCACAGAGAUAGUCAGGUGGAAGAGCCAGGAUUUGGGCCCCAGGGGUCUACUGCAGGUCCCUUCUGCCAGAUUUCACAUGUUAUUGCCUCUUAGCUUAGUGCCCUUCUAUGCAGCUUUUCUUUCUAAAAAUGAUCUUUGUUUUGUUAAUUUUUUCCCCCUGAAAAUAAGUAUAAGGUAUUUGAGAUGCUAAGCGUUAUGGGUGCUUGGAGAUUUCAGUUCUUAAAAAAAUCAGAUAUUCUUAUUUUUACUUCUCUGGGUGUUUUUCCCCCCAGCUGUUCCUCUCCUGAAAAUAAGUGCUCUCAUUUUUGCCAUUUUCAAAUGCUGUGCAUCCUCAUCACCAUCUGGAAUGGAACGGGCACUCAUUUGUGCUCAAGUGCGCUGCCCACAUACAUGCGCCACUGGUUCCCUCCCGCGUUAUGUCUUUGUGUCGCUCUGAGGUUAAUGGCUUAUGAUUUGCCGAACAGAAUUCUCAGGAAACGUUAUGUGGCUAGUGUGGCUUCACAUGGGCUUUGUUCCCCGGAGACUGGGCAUUAUUGGAAUAAGUGGUAAGAAAUAGUGGCUAAGGUUGUGGGGAGGGGACUAAAAGAAAUGUCAGAAUGAAAUAAUGAUGUAGUUAACAUUUAUUAAUACUUACUAAAUGCAAGUCAUUUAGCAUUAAUAAAAUGCUAAGCAUUUUACAGGAAUGAUCUCACUGUGUAACCUGUGUUAUUAGUGGUAUCACCACCAUUUGACAGAGAACUCGAGGUUGGGGAAGGCUUAAGGCUUGAGGGGCUCGUGCACUGAAUCAGGACUCUGCAGAUUAAAAGGAGGUGCUAGUUUUGGCGAGCCUUUUCCUCCAAAAAUAUCCGGAAAUAUCUUUGUCAUCGUGCUAAUUUUACAAGUAAUAUGCUCACCGUGAAGAAUUAAAACAGCACAGAAGUGUACAAAGUAAAAUAUAGAAGUCCUUCCCCACAAUGUGCCUCUGCAUAGACUUUGACACACUUCUACAUUUUAAAGUGCCUGGUAUCACACUGUCAUGCUCUUCCGUGGACAUCUGUGUGUGGGGGCAGUCCACACUUGAUUAUCAUUUCACAAUGCCAGUGGGGAAUUGGGGGGGGCCAGAAGUUAUGAACACUUAUACUUUGGUCACUUGUUGAAAUGUACAAGUUGUGGUUUUAUUUUAAGCCAUGGUAUGCAAUGAAAGGUGAGGAUGCGGUGCAAAUAGGCCCUCGCAUUGCUGGUGGCAGUUUAAGGAGUACAAUCUUAGAGAAAACAAUUUGUUAACAUGUAUCGGGAGACUUAAAAAUGUUCACACUUUCUGCCUCAGAAUGAUUCCACCUAUGGGAGUCUGUCUAACCCACGCAAAUAAAUAAAUGAAAAAGUACAAUUUAGCAUUAUGAGAGUCAAACUUUGGGCAUAAUUUAAAUGUCUUUCAAUAAGGGAAUGGUUAAAUAAUAAAUAGGAAAAAAGGACAGUUGUCUUUUUUGUGGGAAUACUAUAUGCUCAUUAAAAAUGAUGGUUAUGAAGCCUCUAGUGACAUGGUAGAAAUGCUUAGAAUGCAGUCUAAUGAAAAAAAGUAGUUCACACAGUUACAUGCACUUAUGAUUAUAAUUGUGUAAAAAGAAACCAUAAAGACAUAGUAGCAGAAUGAUAUCAAUGGUUAUAUUACAGUGUUGGGAUUAAUGUGGUUUUUCUUUUUCGUUCUUUCUGUAAUGUGGUUUAUUUUUGUAGCAAAAAUUAUAUUUGUUUAAAGGCUGGAAAAUGGUUGGAAAUUGUCAAAGAACUCUGCUUCCUUUCUCUUCUCUGGAUCUGAGUUUCAGUUUCUGUAAGAAGCAGUUAGACUAGAAGGAGAGGACUGCUAACUCAUCCUCUGAUACUGUAUAUUCUCUGAUAGAAGCAGGUGUUUUCUGUUACAGGUUCGAAGCCAAAAGUCAAUCUUCACAACUGAAAACAGAUCAGACAGGAACCUGUUUUGUAACCAUUAGCUUAGGCUAUGCUUGCACAUGUCAACUUCUCCAUGUUCAUUGCAAGAAGAAGAAUGUUGUUUAAAUCUUUAUAGAUGCAUCCUUAAGGCUCAGUGUUUUCAUGGGGAGGUAGAGGGCCCUGGACUUGGCAGUCCUAGGACUGGAUGUUGAGCAGUCACUUCCUGGCUCAUCCCAACACUGAGGGGCUGUGUCUGGGACCGGCUCCCUCAUUCCCCCUCCUAUGACCCAGGAUGCCAGUGGUGUACGUGGCUCUCCCAGGGCCAUACUGGCCCACACAUCUGCAGUGCAGGGCCUGAAUGGAAACUGUUUCCCUGCCUGGUAGAGAGCUCCUUUUAGACAGGAACUAGGUUUUUAUCCCUGGUAUCUGAAGUAUGAAUGAAUGAAUGAAUGAAUGAGAGGGAGAUAGAGUGAAGAUGGCCCAUUAUAUGGGAGACCCAGGAUUUCACUGAACCUUUGAAAUAAGUGAGGCUAGCAGUCAGGGGAAGCAUGUUGUGAGUUCAUGGAUCUGGAGUAUUGAGUGUGUAAGUGUGCAUGUGUGUGUGCAUGUGUGCGUGUGUGUGUGGUGUGGUGUGUUUGGAAAGGGGCAAGGCUGGAAGAAUACCUCUCUGCUAGCACAGCCUUCGUCAGAGCCCAGAAAAGGGCUGAGUGGGCUCUGACUCAGCUCUGUGACUCACUCUGUGCAUUGCCGUCUCCAUGCUCUGGGCACAUCCUCUGGACCAUUUCAGCCCAGCCUCGAGUGGAGGAGGGCGAGAUUUGGGCCGGCACCUCCGGAUGACUCAUCCUGCUGAGCUGGAAGGAAGGGGCCAAAGCCCCACUAUCCUGCACCCUCAUCACCAUCCCUUCCUCUCCAGGGGUUCCCAUGCAGCCCAGAUCUCAUGCAUAGGUUAUGGCUGUUCCGCUAAGGCCCCCAUCCAGGCACUGCCCACCCACCUACCCACACCUCCCUGCUUAAACUGCUAUAAUUUCAUCUGAAGUCAGCUUGUAAGGAGGCUUGAAGGCUCCUCCACACCACCCAACUGCCAUUCUGUUCUUCACCUCUCACAAUACUUUCCAGUUUAUAAGCUAGUUUUACAUCCCUUUUCUCACUUGAUUCUCUCUCAGACCUGUAAAGCCUGGCAGGGUGGCGAAUAUCACCACUGUGCAGGGAAGGACAUAGUAAAAGGAUAAGUGAAGGGCACUGAGGGCUGGGGUGGACAGAGGCAUGCUGGGGGUGGGGGCAGAGCUGGCAAGGGAACUGCAAGGCAUUUGGGUAGACAGUGGCCUGGGGAGGAGGGACGGUGCUGGCUGGUUUGUGACACAACAAGAGAUAUGGCUGCACGGGGGGCAGAAGACAGACACGGUGUUUUGACUUUAUCCUGAGACCAGUGGGAAAGCCUUGAGGGUUUUUAAGCAGGGGGCCCGGGGUGUGGUCUGGCAGGGACUCAGAGCAGGGCAGACCAGGAGGCUAUCUGCAGUUCAGGUGAGACCUGGUGGUCUGCCUACGCACAGCAGCCCCUGGGAUGGUGUCAGCCCUGAGUCAAUUAGAAUAUGCUGGUUCUAUGGUAAAGGGCCAGAGCUCUCGACAGACAGUGACUGGAGUGGGGCAGUAGAUGUGGUGGCUCAGGGAAGAGGGAAGAACACUAGGGACCCCAGCACUUAAGAGCUGAGCAAAGGCAGGUGCAGCCCCUGCGACAGUACUCUUAGGAGGAGCACAUGGUAUGUUAGGGCCCCUGCCUGCCGGUGACCUCCAUCCAUGUGGACAAGACCCUGUGAAGGAGACAGGUUACUCUUGUCUCAUAGAGGUUCACAGGUAAAAGGGCCCAAGGGGACCCCUGGUUCUUCCCUCUGUCGUGCUCCUUCUCCUGCCACCCAAUGCUGGGCUGCACGGGUUACCACCCAGGAAGUGAGGACACAGCCUUCGCAGGCAGCCAGGAAGUGGCCUCUCAGAAGAGUUCCCAAAACAGCCAGUGGGCUGUCGCUGCAGGCUCGGGGAAGGGGGCUGGAUUCCCUGAGCCCUUUUAACCCUGGGGAUUUCAGAGAGGGUAAGGUUUCCAGAUAAAAUAUGGGAUGCCUGGUUGAAUUUGAAUUUCAGAUAAAUAAAUAAUUUUUAGGAUAAGUAUAUGUCAAACAUUCCAUGGGAGGGGCGCCUGGGUGGCUCAGUUGGUUAAGUGCUCUUGAUUUCGGCUCAGGUCGUGAUAUCAGGGUCGUGAGAUCAAGCCCUGCAAUGGGCUCUGUGCUCAGUGUGGAGUCUGCUCAAGAUACUCUCUUUCCCUCUGCCCCUUCCCCUGCUCGCUCUCUCUCAAAAUAAAUAAAAUCUUUUAAAAAAAUUCCAUGGGAUUUACUUAUAUUUUGAAAGUAUUUGAUUCUUAUCUGAAAUUCAAGUCCAACUGGAUGUCUGUCCUAUUUUUCUAUUUGCUAAAUUUGGCAACCCUUAGGGUGCCUCACUGCCACUGCAUACCAGGGCCUUGGGGAUUUUCCUCUGUCUGAGACCAUGUCAAGAACAACCUCUGUGUCCCUCAGCCUGCCCUGGGGCUCAGGUCACCUGGGGACACAAGCUCUGUCUCUAUGAUAGCCUCUAGCUUCUGGCUCAGCCCAGCGGGCAUCUAACCCAAGCUGCUGUGGCCUUCCACGUGCUAGCGGCUCCCCACCUGGAUGGACAGCCUGCUGCUUCUGAUCAUGGGACCUAACAAAUGAGGUACCGGGGCUGUCCUCUGGUCAGCAGCAUCUGCCAGGGUGUCACAUCCAGGCCCAGGAGGUGGCCCAGCAGGCCUGGGACUAGAGGACUGGAGGAAAAGGGACAGUUGCCAAGAGCAAGUCAAAUGGACAUCGACUCCAAGCUGGGGUGAACUGAACUGAGAGAUGCUCCUCCCUGCAUUGAGAAUCCCCGUCUCGUCAUCUCAUCCAGUUUCCCUUUCAGCGAAGGACUAGGCAGUGACAUCCCCCUGCAGGUCAAGGGGACUGGGAGGAACUUUCCGGCCAUGACAGUGACUGCAGAAGAACUGAGGUCUGAGAUGUUAGGGGCUGCCACCAUGGUGAUAGCGUCUGGUGCCUCAUACCAGGACUGCAACUGGGCUGUUGUUUCAACCAAGAACCAAGAACCUCGACUGAGGUGACACCCAUAUGUUGAAGUCUUAUGAGAGGUCAGAAAUCUUGUCCAGUUCUUUCCUUGACUCCUCAGAGUUACACAACCCUUAUACAAUACGUGCUCAUAUACAGUAUAUGCUCAGUCAAGGACUGCCGACGGGCCACUUCUCAGCUGCCCUGGUCUCAGGUGGGGUGGUGGUGGUGGUGGGUAUUGCAUGUUCUUCUUUACAAAGAGGGCAGCUGUUGGGCCUCUGAGUCCCAAAACACAGAGAAGUAGGAAAGCCCUUGGAGGAUAGGGGCCAUCAACUCAGAACCAUGAAGACCAGCAAAGGCUACCUUGAAAAUCACAUUAUAUCCCAAGAUGGAAAAGCUCUUUGAAAUUUAAGCAUGAAAGGUGUGGAAAAGUAAGUACUACUUAACCUUCACAGAGGAGUGGAAGGGUAAGGAAGGGAGUGAACGUUUAUUGUUUGCUCUGCAUCAGGAAGCAGCAAAGCUGGUGCUUACAUACACACCCAAGACAUUUCAUCUUUACAACCACAGCCCCCUGACCCCUGCAACCCUUGUGGGGACCGAAUCUUAGAGACAUGAAAUAAUUUAUCUGGGGUCACAUGGCUGGUAAGUGGCAGUUUGCAUCCAGACCCAACUGAUUUCCAUGUUCUGUUCACAUUACACCACAGAGCGACUGUUUGUGGGAAGCAGGGAGAGAGGGGAGAAGGAAGGAAAUCACCAAGUUAGGAAACAGCUUUCUCCCUUCUAUCUCCUAUUUCUUUGUCCCUCCCUCAGGCCACGGUACUGGGGGCUGUGUUUUGUCAGGCCUACAGUCUGGGACAGUCUGAAAACUCUUUGAGGGCAGAGGCCCUAUCUCUGUCCCCUCUGUCUCUCCUACUGCCUCACCCACUGCUUUGAGUUGACCUGCCCUGUUGGACCUAGUUCCAUUGUGUUCUCUUCCAAGGUGGCCAGAGGACUCGCUGAACUACAUGUGACUUUCUUUUGUGUCAGUGAAAGUGGAGGUUAGGUUGCCACAGCCCAGAGUUACUUGAGAUUCAUUCUCAUUGUUGAAUCUAUUUAUAUCACAAGGCUUUCAAGUGCCAAUAAAUUCCUCGGCUGUUGAUUCA